UUAGAGUAGACUGUAGAGUUGAACGAACCAUGUGCUAGUUGAAAACAAAGUGUUUAUAACCUAUAAUAAAUAAUUUCUUUUUAAAAUGCAGAAAUAUCAGGAAAAACGUUUGACUCCAAAACAUUUGGAUCCAAAAUAUUUAACAUUUUCAUUUUUUACAACAAAAGAAAUAGAACAGUUGAGUGUUAUGAAAAUUCGAACUCCUCUGUCAUUCAAUAUAUUGGGUCAUCCGUUAAAAGGUGGUUUAUAUGAUCCAGCAUUAGGACCUUUGCUUGAAAGUUCAGAUCCUUGUGCAACAUGUGGUUCUACGGUAUACAAAUGUCCUGGUCAUUUUGGUCAUAUAGAAUUACCGAUGCCUACUGUCAAUCCAUUAUUUCAUAAACCGUUAUUUAUGUUGAUCAAAUUAUCUUGCCUGAACUGUUUUACUUUACAAAUCCCAACGCAUAUAAAGAUGUUACUAUGCGCAAAACUAAAGAUCCUAGAAAUGGGUUUACUCAGCGAUAUAGACAGUUUGGAAGAAGAAAUAAAUUCAGUUACAUCAAAGUCACAAAAUAUACCUGAAUCCGAUCUGGUAUAUAUUCAAGAUAUAAUAGAAAAUUACAUACGAAAUCUUGUUAAUAAAAAAAAAUAUGUAUCUAACGGUCAGUCGAACGAAACUCUCUUGAAUACAAAAAAUGUUAUCGCUCAGCGGCAUUUGUACAUUGAUAGCAUACUAAAAAAAUAUACCGUUGGAAAAAUUUGCAUAAAUUGUCACGAAGCUAUACCAAAAAUAACAGCUUUAAAAAAUAAAAUUAUGACCACUAAAAUCAGCGAUGGUGCUUUUACUUCGACUGAUAUGAUGUCAAAUAAUGUAGUAUAUAAAUUGGAAAAUGUCAUUAUAAUGCCCGAUCAAUCAAAAGAAUACUUGAGAAAGUUAUGGCAAAAUGAGGAAGAUUUUAUUAAAAUGAUUAUUCCUUGUUUAAGUAAUGUUAAAGAGGAGUACGCGACGGAUAUAUUUUUUUUUGACGUAAUACCCGUUUUACCACCCAUAGUAAGACCCGUAAACUUUCUUCAUGGACAAAUGAUCGAACAUCCUCAGAGUCAAGUAUACAAAAGUAUCAUACAAGACUGUCUUAUUCUUCGGAACAUCAUACAAUAUAUUCAGCAUGAUAAUACUAAUCUACUUCCAGAAGAAGGAAAAAUGGUUUAUGAUCAAAUAAAGGGUAGUACAGCUGUAGAAAAGUUGCACUACGCGUGGCAAAGUUUGCAAACAAAUGUAGAUCAUUUAAUGGAUAGAGAAUUGAAUAAAACUUCAGAAUCCGCUAAUUGUCUUGGAUUGAAACAAGUUAUUGAGAAAAAGGAAGGUAUCAUAAGAAUGCACAUGAUGGGAAAAAGAGUUAACUACGCGGCACGUACCGUUAUUACACCUGAUCCAAACUUAGAUAUCGAUGAAAUCGGCGUUCCGGAAAUUUUUGCUCUUAAAUUGACUUAUCCUGUUCCCGUGACACCCUGGAAUGUAUUGGAAUUGCGAAAGUUGGUUUUAAAUGGACCAAAUGUUUUUCCAGGAGCAGUUACAAUAGAAAACGAAGAUGGAACUGUUCAACGUCUUAGUCCUAUUGACAUAACUAAGAGAGAAGCUGUCGCAAAACGUCUUUUGCCGAGCAGCGAUAAAGCUAAUAGAUUCUUUAAAGGUAUUAAAGUCGUUCAUAGACAUCUUCAAAAUGGUGAUAUACUUUUGAUCAACCGUCAACCAACAUUACAUAAAUCAAGUAUUAUGGCUCACAAGGCACGCAUUUUAAAAGGGGAAAAAACGUUACGUCUUCAUUAUGCUAACUGUAAAAGUUUUAAUGCAGAUUUUGAUGGAGACGAAAUGAAUGCGCACUUUCCGCAAAAUGAACUUGCAAGAAGCGAAGGUUACUUAAUCGCGAAUGUAUCUAAUCAAUAUCUUGUACCAAAAGAUGGUACUCCUUUGAGUGGGCUUAUACAAGAUCACGUGAUUUCUGGGGUUCGUUUAACGAUGAGAGGUCAGUUUUUUAAUCGAACCGAUUACAUGCAAUUAGUUUAUUGCGGAUUAGUUGGACAUAAAGGAGAUUUGCAAUUGUUACCACCAAGCAUUUUGAAACCUGUCCCAUUAUGGUCAGGCAAGCAAAUAAUAUCAACUGUUCUUAUUAAUAUUAUUCCCCCGAAUACUGCAAGGAUUAAUUUAAACUCAACAGCAAAAAUUAAUGGUAAACAAUGGCAAACUAAUAAAGCUCGCCCAUGGAAAUGCGGUAGGGAAUUUACAAAUUCUGAACAAAUGUCAGAAGCAGAAGUCAUUAUAAGGAAUGGCGAACUUCUUUGUGGCGUACUUGAUAAAAUGCAUUAUGGUGCAACACCAUAUGGUCUGGUACAUUGCGUUUACGAAUUAUACGGAGGAUCAUAUUCUAGUAAAUUGUUAAGCGCAUUUGGUAAACUUUUUCAAGCAUUUUUACAACGAGAAGGAUUUACUCUCGGUAUAGAAGAUAUUUUAGUUGUAUCAAAAGCAGAUAUGAAACGUAAAGAAAUUAUUUUGCAAAGUAGAACGUUAGGAGAAGAAGUACAAAAGAGUUUAUUGGAAAUGCCGGCUGAUACGCCUUCAGAAGUAUUAUCGUCUAAAAUAGAAGAAUCUUAUUGGGCUGAUCCUAAAUUUCGUACUCAAGUCGAUCGAAAAUACAAGAAUGUACUAGAUGUUUAUACUAAUAAUAUUAACAAAACGUGCUUACCAGCAGGGCUUUUGAAAAAGUUUCCCCACAAUAAUUUACAAUUAAUGGUACAAUCUGGAGCCAAAGGAUCUAUGGUUAAUACUAUGCAAAUUUCCUGUUUGCUCGGGCAAAUAGAGUUGGAAGGUAAGAGACCGCCGUUAAUGAUAAGUGGAAAAAGUUUACCAAGUUUUCCUGCCUAUGAUCCAACACCAAGAGCAGGAGGAUUCAUUGAUGGCCGUUUUAUGACAGGAAUACGUCCUCAAGAGUUUUUUUUUCAUUGCAUGGCCGGUAGAGAAGGUUUGAUCGAUACUGCAGUCAAAACUAGUAGAUCUGGGUACUUGCAAAGAUGUCUUAUAAAACAUUUAGAAGGUCUAGUUGUCAAUUAUGAUUCUACCGUUAGAGAUUCCGAUGGUAGCUUGAUUCAAAUUUAUUACGGCGAGGAUGGUCUCGACAUACCCGCCUCAACGUUUUUAAAAAAAGAUCAAAUAGAUUUCUUAAUAGAUAAUCAAAACGUUAUUGUCGAUCCGAAUCUGGUAAAAAGUUUAAAACAAAAUUCCAAUUAUGAAUCUACUUUAAAGUCUGUGAAAAGAAUUAAAAAAUGGUCAAAAAAGCGUAGCAUCUUGCCGAAUAAUACUACGAGAAGAAAUGAAUUUUGCAUAUUUUCCGAGGAAAAUUAUAAUCCUAAUAGCGCGAAAUCUAAAUUUAUCGAUAGAAAUAGUGGAAGAAGUAAAGCAACUCUGUCGUUGUUAAGAAAAUGGAUAAGGAUGGACGAAGAAACGAAACAAUUAUAUAAAAAACAGUGCUCCAAAUGUCCAGACCCUUUAAUUUCCAAAUUCAGACAAGAUACAGAAUUUGGAGUACUUUCGGAAAGAUUGGAAAACUUAAUGGACGAAUAUAUGUCGAAUAAAUCUGUUGGAUCUAAAAGAAAAAUCGAGAAGAAAGAAUUGAGAGAUCUUUUGUGGAUGAAAGUAAUGAAAUCUAUAUGCCCACCGGGUGAGCCCGUUGGUUUGUUAGCGGCACAAUCGAUAGGAGAACCCUCCACUCAAAUGACGCUAAAUACAUUUCACCAUUCAGGACGUAGUGAAAUGAAUGUUACCUUGGGUAUUCCGCGAUUGCGUGAAAUUUUGAUGAUGGCUUCGAAAAUGAUCAAAACUCCUUCUAUGGAAAUUCCUUUCAAAAAGGGUUUGCACAAUCUCAGCAAAAAAUCUAAUGAAUUACGCAAAACAUUGACUAAAUGUAUGUUAACUGAUGUUUUGAAAACUAUUAGAAUUGAUAGAGAAAUGGUACAGUUACCGAAUAGAAGACUCGUUCAUACGUUACACAUUGAAUUUCUACCUUAUAAGUGUUACAAAAGUGAAUUUUGCGUUAAUCCAGAAAGUAUUAUUAACAAAACCGAAAACAUGUUUUUUAAAGCAUUGUUUCAAGAAAUGAAAAAGUCUAAAUUAACCGGUAAUCUAAUACACGUCGAAGAAGAAAAGAAACAAGGAAAAAACGAAGAUGCUUUAUUAGACGAAGAUGAACGUGAAGAUCAAGACACCUCAAAGACACCUAAAACAACAACUAAUAUUAAGAGAGAUUUUGGAGAAGAACACGAAUCCUCCGACGAGGAAGAAGUUGCGGAAGAUGCAGAUGCUACGGUCAAGAGAACAAUGUCCCGGCACCAAGAAAAUCAAGAAUAUGAAGAAGAUUCGGAAGAUACGGAAAAUGAAAUAGAAGAUGGUAAUGAAAAAGAGGACGGUAAUAACGAAACCGUAGACACAAAACUUGAUGUGAAGAGAUCGAACGAAGAUAGCAAGUUGGAAGGAGAAGGAGAAGGAGAAGGAGAAGGAGAAGAAGAUGACGAGAAUGUAGAAUAUAUAAAUAAUGAUGCGAAGGAUAUACAAAAGAGACGUCAACAUGUAUUGGAAAAAUAUUUGUAUGCUCUGGAAUACGAAUUCGAUCAAGACAAAUCGCUAUGGUGCAAAUUCAAAUUCUGGUUGCCAAUGAAAAUGAUCAAGAUAGAUUUGCCGACAAUUAUUAGAAAAGCAGCAAGUAAAGUCAUUCUCUGGGAGACUCCUAAUAUAAGGAAAGCAUUUACUAUCGAAGGUACCAAUGGAGAAACUAUUCUCAAAACUGAUGGAUUAAAUAUAAUAGAAAUGUUCAAGUACAAUGAAAUUUUAGAUUUAUCUCGAUUAUAUUCUAACGACAUUUAUGGAAUUUCGCAAACUUAUGGCAUCGAAGCUGCUAAUAAAGUAAUAAUAAGAGAAGUCAAAGAUGUAUUUAAAAUGUAUGGAAUAACGGUAGACUUUAGACAUUUGUCUCUGAUUGCCGAUUACAUGACUUUUGAUGGUACAUUUAAACCUCUUAGUCGCAAAGGAAUGGACGAUUCCGCCUCUCCUUUACAACAAAUGAGUUUCGAAAGUUCUCUCAACUUUUUGCGAAAUGCCACGUUGCAAGGAAAAAAAGAUGAUUUAAAAUCGCCAUCCAGUCGAUUGAUGCUUGGUCAACCAUGCAAGUCGGGUACAGGAGCAUUUUCUUUAUUAGCAAAAAUACAUUAAGAAUGUUUUAAUCGCAAUAAUUAAUACUUGACGCGAAUAAUGUAUAUGUUGUAUAAAGAAUAUAAACAUUUUUCUAAUGUUACAUCAAAUAAGUUUCCAUCAAUGCGCCUAUGGAGGUUCAUAAAAACCAUGCUUAGUUUGUACAUAUUGUAAGCCGAGUGCACUUUAUUUCGCAAAAUUGAUAUACAAACGGUAU